AUGUUGUCCCCAGCCAUCAUCUCGUUCUCCCUCUUCGCCAUCAGUGCCCUCGGAGCUGGAGUUCGCCCCGGCCAGAUAAAGAACCUGGUCACUUUCGGCGACUCCUUCACGGAUACCGCCAUCGUGUCUAAUGGCGGCACCCAAUGGCCCGUGUACGCAUCAGGAUACACUGGCGCGAAGUUAUUCCCGUAUGCGCGUUCUGGCGCGACCUGCUCGAACAAGAUCACCUUCCGGCCCUUUCCGUCCCUCUUUGAGAGCCAGUUGCCAACCUACUUCAACGCGACGAGUACGCCAGGAGGCAACUUGGACCCAGCAUCGACACUUUAUACCCUUUGGAUUGGGACCAAUGAUGUUGGAUCGAACGCACUGUUGACUGGUCAUGGGAUUGGCGAUGCGAGCCUGGUGGAAGUUACGGAGUGCAUGGUCAACUGGGUGAAAGUUCUGUACGACAGUGGUGCUCGAAACUUCCUAUUCCAAAACAUGGUUCCUCUUGAAACCAUUCCGCUAUACGCGCCAACCUCAUACCCCACUCGCUAUUGGACCGCGCAACGCAACACAACUGAAUGGAGCCUCUUCAUGAGGGAACUCGUCCUCUCCGGAAACGCGCUGACAAAACUCAUGUUACAAGCUUUGGCUCCGACUCUCCGUGGUGCUCAUAUCGGUAUCUUCGACGCACACUCCCUCUUCGCGGACAUGUACGCCCGGCCUCAGUUGUAUCUAAAUGGAACCGUUCCUUUCAACAUUAAUGGCGCAGUCCACGCAUGUGUCUUCCAGUUGAAUGAGCCCACAAGCAACCCGGGCGUCUGCACCGAUGUUGAAGGCUCCGCUAGAGACAGCUAUCUUUGGUACGACGAGCUGCAUCCGAGUGAGCAGGCUGACAGGAUCGUUGCUCGUGAGGUCGCCCAGGUUAUCAAAGGCCAAAAGAACCAGUGGACGACAUGGCUUAGCUGA